GAACAUCAAAGUAUGGUUUUGUCGGGUUUUGUGAAACGAGCAGGGGGAGCAUUAGUUAAAUUAGGAAGUAAAUUACCCUAUGUCGGUGGUCUGAUUAAAUUUUUUGGUGGUGGUGAUAAAGAAGCCAAGAAG